AUGGAGACCAGAGCUGAUGAUGAUGAGGCGCCCACAGAUCCCGCGGCAAGGAAGCUCACACACCAUGACUACACAGAACUGGACUUUGAAGGUCACCGUGCCCACACCGUGUUUGUUGGGGUCCAUGUGCCAGCUCGAAGACAUUCGCAUAGGAAGCACAAACAUCAUCACCGCAACGGAGAAAAAGAUGUAGAGAGACCAGGGCCGGGGUUAAUGACACGAGUUAGAAGAUUAAGCGUCACUGAUGACGGCGAGACAUUAACACCACCAGCGCAAAGAGUACAAUUUAUACUCGGUGAAGAUGUCGAUGACUCCACACUUGAGUCCCACCCUCUAUUCUCCGAAAUGGAGGAACUAGUUAAAGACGGUGAUGAAUUGGAAUGGAAAGAGACUGCCAGAUGGAUAAAAUUCGAAGAAGACGUCGAAGAAGGUGGAAACCGAUGGUCAAAGCCACACGUAGCAACUUUAUCUCUUCAUUCUCUCUUCGAACUACGAAGUUUGAUACUAAACGGAUCAGUCAUACUAGAUAUGGAGGCAAACUGCUUGGAACAGGUUGCAGAUAAUGUACUAGAUAAUAUGGUAGCCGAUGGCGGCAUAGGAUAUGAUUGUAGAGAGAAAGUCAAAGAUGCUUUAUUGAGGAGACAUAGGCAUCAACACGAAAGACGAAACCAUCACAACAAUAUGUCAAGACUCCCUCUAAUUCGGUCACUAGCUGAUAUUGGACGAAACCAUUCAUCAUGUAAAAAUUUCCAGGAAGGUGGCUCUCGACGCUCCAGUUCGAGGAGUUGUCGGGGGUCCACCUCAUCUCCUCACACCGCUCUUCUUCAAGCGUCUGACGCCAGAGGUUCUUAUCUGGCAGUUCCAGGUGCUGCACAUGAUGAUGGCAUGGUGAAAAGUCCCAGCAGUAUAUCAAUGCAAAGGAACCAUAGCUCUGGUGACCUGCCGAUGAAUGGAGAUAUAAAUCACAAAUGCAAUACAAACUUCAUGCGAAAGAUUCCACCAGGAGCAGAAGCGUCUAAUAUUUUAGUGGGCGAAGUAGAUUUCCUAGAAAAAACUCUAUCUGCAUUCGUUAGACUGAAAACUGGAACAAUAAUGGGUGAUUUGACAGAAGUUCCAGUACCGACCAGAUUUAUGUUCGUAUUGCUUGGACCUCCAAACAGUAACUCUAGUUUCCACGAAAUUGGCCGAGCAAUGGCUACUCUAAUGUCAGAUGAAAUAUUCCAUGAAGUCGCAUACCGAGCUAAGAAGCGAGACCACCUUUUGGCUGGUAUAGACGAAUUUCUGGAUGCAGUGACAGUUCUACCACCAGGGGAAUGGGACCCAGCUAUACGUAUUGAACCUCCAGCGGCUAUACCGUCCCAAGAUCCUCGUAAACGGCCAAAUGAUAAUCACCCUAAAGAGGAAUUAGAUGAGGAAGAAGAGGAGCAAAGACAGAGGGAAGAAUCAGGUUUAGCUAGAACUGGAAGACUGUUUGGGGGUCUCAUAAAUGACCUCAAAAGAAAGAUGCCUUGGUAUUGGUCUGAUUUUAAAGAUGCAUUGGCGAUACAGUGUGUUGCCUCGUGGAUAUUUUUAUAUUUUGCCUGCUUAUCGCCUAUAAUUACUUUUGGAGGGUUAUUGGGGGAGGCUACUGGAAAAAAUAUGGCUGCAAUGGAAUCUUUAGUAUCUGGGUUUGUCUGUGGAAUGGGUUACGGCUUUUUUUCAGGUCAACCACUUACAAUUUUAGGAUCAACCGGCCCAGUAUUAGUAUUUGAAACAAUCGUAUUUGAAUUUUGUCGCCAGAUUGGUUGGAACUACAUGUCGUUCAGGUUUUGUAUUGGAACGUGGAUAACGAUAAUUUUGGUUAUAUUGGUGGCUAUCGAUGCUAGCGCAUUUGUCUGUUAUAUAACAAGGUUUACUGAAGAAAAUUUCGCUACAUUGAUUGCAUUUAUUUUCAUUUACAAGGCCGUGGAGAAUGUAAUAUCAAUAGGCAAAAAGUACCCUCUUAAGACACGCCCCGAUGAAGUUCUCAAUUAUGAGUGUUAUUGUUUGCCAAGCAAUUACUCCAAAGUGCCGGAGCAGUUUAAUUGGACAUCGGUAGACAAAGAGUCUUGUCAGCUCUAUAAUGGGACAUUAGCCGGCGGCGGAUGUGAUACAAAAGUGUAUGUUCCUGACGUAUACUUAAUGUCUAUAAUUCUCUUUCUGGGAACUUUUACGAUAUCUAUCAUUUUAAAGGACUUUAAGAACUCCUUGUUCUUUCCAUCCAAGGUUAGACAAAUCAUCAGCGACUUUUCAGUAAUCAUUGCCAUUUUGUCUAUGUCCCUUUUGGAUUACAAAGUGGGUGUGAAAACCCCAAAAUUGGAAGUACCAUCAGAGUUCAAACCAACAUUGCCCUCCAGGAAUUGGGUGAUCACUCCAUUCAGUGGAAACCCUCUUUGGUCAGCACUAGUGGCAAUACUACCAGCAUUAUUGGGGACUAUUCUUAUAUUUAUGGAUCAACAGAUUACAGCUGUUAUAGUCAAUCGUAAAGAGAACAAAUUGAAGAAGGGAUGUGGAUAUCAUCUGGAUUUGUUCGUGCUAGCGAUUUUGAUACAGAUAUGUUCUGUGAUGGGUCUCCCUUGGUUUGUAGCGGCAACUGUCCUUAGCAUCAACCACGUCAAUUCAUUGAAAGUGGAAUCAGAAUGUGCUGCUCCAGGAGAGAAGCCACAGUUCUUAGGAGUUCGUGAACAGAGAGUAACUCAUAUUAAUCUUUUUAAUGAUUGGGUGUUCAGUGGUUCUGACACCUGUCCUGAGCCACAUACCAAUGCCAGUACUGUUUGGAGUUUUUCUGUAUAUGGGAGUAGCGUCGCUAAAGGGGCUGCAGUUCUUUGA